GGCCGCCCUCGCUCGCUCGCUCCCGCCCGCCGCCGCCGCCGCCGUCGCCGCCGUCCCGCCGCCGAAGCCCGAGCGCCAUGUCGUCGCCUCCCGAAGGGAAACUGGAGACUAAAGCCGGACACCCGCCCGCCGUGAAAGCCGGCGGGAUGAGAAUUGUCCAGAAGCAUCCUCAUACCGGAGACGCCAAAGAAGAGAAAGACAAGGACGAGCAGGAGUGGGAGAGCUCCAGCCCUCCUAAGCCCACCGUGUUCAUCUCCGGCGUGAUUGCCCGGGGCGACAAGGACUUCCCCCCAGCGGCCGCCCAGGUGGCCCACCAGAAGCCCCACGCCUCCAUGGACAAGCACGCCUCCCCCAGGACCCAGAACAUCCAGCAGCCCCGCAAGUGACCCCGCAAGCCGCCCCCCGGCCCCCCACCCACCCACCGCAGCCCCCCCCCCACCCACCCCG